AUGAAGCCUCAUCUUCUCAUGUUGCUAAUCAUCAUGCUUGUUUCAGUUUCUCAUAAACCAUCACUUAUAGAAGCAAGGACACUUUCCUUAAUCUCAAAUCAAGGGUACUCAAAGAUUUUUGCAACACUUGGAGUUGUUUGCAAAUGCUGUGAUGAAAUUGGUGGUGCAUGUACAAGUACUUGGACAGAAUCUUGCAAGAACUUGAAAUGUUUACCUUGGAAAUCACACUAA